AUGGAUUUGGGGAGCGAAGUUGAGAAGAAGGUCAAAUUUGAAGCCAAAAUGGAAGAACCACAAGCAUAUGCUUUAUACAGCGACUGGCUCUCCUUCAAGGCCUUCUUCCAGAAAGACCCAAAAGCCCUGAUCGACACCUUCGAUCUCGCCGGAAACACCGCGAUCCAGGUCGCCGUCCGGUCGGACGACCCGGAGCUCAUCCGGCAACUGCUGGACAUGCUUCCAGAAGACUCCGAUCGCCGGCAAGCGCUGAGGACGGGGAAUGCUCACAAGAACACGCUUGCUCACCAGGUGAUUUUCUGCCAGAAUCUGAACAUGGUGGACACUUUGCUGAACUAUGAGAUGGACAAGAAGCUGAAGCAGGCUGAGGAUGAAGAUCUGUUCGAGCUUCUGAACGACCUCGGCGAAACUCCGGUGUACCGGGCCGCCAAGUACGGGCGGUUCAGGAUGGUGAAGCACAUGGCCGGAUUUGUAAAUAUAAAGGACCAUUUUCACAGACGCCAACCAAAACUAGACACAACUUCCAUUCUUCACAUCGCUAUAAUUGGCCACCAUUUUGAUGUAGCAUUGUGGUUAUCGAAAAUGGAAGGGAUUGAGAAGGUAGCAUUUGCGAACGAUGGAAACAGAUUGACGUGUCUUCAGCUGCUUUCAAGAAUGCCUUCAGUUUUCAGGAGCUAUAAUUCCCGGGCUGGAUUUAUAGACAAACUCAUUUAUGCUUUUCUUCCGGAGAAAGGUUAUGAUGAAAGCAGUAGUGAUGAUGAAGAUGAUGGAUUCAUGAAGAAAGGGAAGAAGGAAGAUCUAGAAAGUGCAAAAAGAAAGGUAAACAAACCCAUGUCGUCGUCUCCUGCAGUUUUCUCAAGGAUCUACUAUAUCAUCUGGAAAAUUGCGGCCAAAGAAUGGGAUAUGAUGAAAGAAAUCUGGGAGAGGAAGAAGAAGCACAGGCUAGCAGAAGAACUAGCAGACUUCUUAAUAAGCCAAGACAACUCAUGGAUGGACACAAAACAUGGAGAACCUCGAACUGAGGUUGUUGUGCCGGUGAUUCAACCUUCAACAAAGAAAGCCAAGCUUGAAAAGACACAAUCCUUAGAAAACCCCAUUCCCUGCAAAGAUUACACGCCAUUGUUGCUAGCAGCAAGCACCGGCAUCGUCGAGAUCGUCAAGAAAAUCGUUGACCUUCAUCCCGACGCCAUCUCGCAUGUGAGCCAACAUGAUGAGCAGAACGUGUUACAUGUCGCCGUCAAGCAUCGUCAGAAGAAUGUUUACAAGGUUCUGAAGAAAUAUGGAGCUCUCGGACGCUUAGGAUCUCAGAUGGCCAACCAAGGUCGGACUCUUUUGCAUCAGGUUGCGAGGAUGGAUUAUUAUGAUGGAGGAAAUCAACCUGGUGUUGUCUUCCAGCUUCAGGAGGAGCUACGUUGGUUCGAACGAGUGAAGAGGAUAGUACCUAUUCCUUACCAGUUAUUUUGCAACGACAAUAAUUUAACAGCAAAAGAGCUUUUUGAUUUAGAACACUCAGAAAUGCUCAAGGAAGCUCAAGAGUGGAUCAAGGGCACAGCUCAGUCGUGCUCCGCGGUGUCCGUCCUGGUGGCCACCGUGGUCUUCGCCGCAGCCUACACGGUCCCAGGCGGCAUCGACGAAAACGGCGUCCCCGUCCUCAUCAACUCUCCACUCUUCCUCUUUUUCGCCAUCAUGGACGUUGUGGGGCUGGCAAGUUCUCUUGUCUCAGUGAUGAUGUUCCUUUCCAUUCUUACGUCCCCAUUUCAGAUGCAAGAGUUCUACAAAUCCCUGCCCAGAAAGCUCACAAUGGGAUUCACCUUGUUGUUCAUCUCUUUAACCACGACGUUGCUGGCUUUUGGGUCAACCAUUUUGCUGACAAUAAGAAUGGAGAACAAGAAAUGGAGCUCCAGUUUGAUUUACAGUGCUACGUUCUUCCCUGUGACUCUUUUUGGAUUGACGCAAUUUCCCAUUGUGAUGGCAAUCAAGUACAGAAUGAAGAGGCUGAAGAAGACCAUAAAGAGGUUGAUUCCCAAUGAUAUUAUUACCAUAUCCACCAAACCCAAGAAGAAAAGAGUUUACUCAAAAUACGUAUGA